CCGCACUCGGUGAUACAGUAUUGCUCUACGUCCGGAGGCAUUCUAAUCACGGACCCAUAACCUUCACAGCAAGAAGCUCUCUCCCGUCCGUCUAGGUUCGCCGCUCGGGCGAUCAUCGUACUUUCUCAGACGAGCCAGCCCCUUUCCGCGCCCUUGGCCCUUGGCCCUUGGGCACCACCAAAGACCAACCCACCCGUCCACCACAAGCCCAGCAUAGUCGACGGCCCUUGACCCGCUCCGUCCAUCUUCCAUCGACGACCUCCUGGCAAGGACGGAACAGAGUUGACGGGGAUCCGACUCGUACACUGUGCUUGUCGACUUGGUAUGACGCUAGGUCUGGGCUGCUAGGCCAGAGGAAUUUAACCCUUUCCGAGCUACGUAUUUACCGCGGCCAGCUCUCGCAAUCCAACUCUCGGCGAGUUGCUUCUGUUUACUCCCGCCCAGUAUAGGCACGGCCCGUGUUGCCCCAGGUUCGCAUUGCACCGUAACGCAUCAAUUGCUCUGCUCUGCUCUGCGUUGCAACAGCCACGGUUUAAUCUGCCUGAUUUUCCUUCCCUCCUGUCGCCUGGCUCCGCAUCAUUCUCCUGGGAUCUUCAAAUCAGAAACACGAGCCCGAGCUUGACCCCUUGGCAAUCAUGAAUACUGCUCAGUCUUUCCAGUCUGGCCAUACCGGUCCUGGCGAAUCCGCCAGCCUCUCACUGAAUUUAUCUUCCAACAACCCCUUCCGCAAUCGCGCUCCGUCUCCUGCCAGCGCCGACCUUCUCCUCCUUUCAUCCAACAAACCGGCUUCUCCCUUUGAUGACCCUCCACCAAGACCACUAUCGCGAAACCCUUUUCUUGACCAGCCACUCUUUGAACAACCACAGCAGCCUCUGAGGUCACCUGGUGUCAUGUCAUCGCACUCCGACUCCAAGUCUCUAUCUGCCGAAGAGAUUUUUGAUUCAUUGACACUCGACGACGCCUCUGCCAACGACCGAUCCAAGCAGCAAGGUCAGCGCCGACCGAUGAAUCGCCCACCUCCUCCCCCCCAGACCCAGAGCGGUAACCACCGCCCAACGCACUCUCAGGAGGAGGCCCUCCGCGCUCGGAGGAUGCAGCAGGGCCCUGGUCCCCGACCGCAGCCCAACUCGCCGCAGCGAAGGCCACCCCCGCGACGAGUGCGACGAAACUCUGAGUCCUCUCUGAUGGAUUUUGAUGCACGCCCACUCACAGAUGAGGAGAAGAGAAUGAUUGAGGCAGCCAGACGUCGCGAGGCUGAACGACGCGGUGACGGCAAAGAACGGGGCGAUAAGGGCGGCCGUGAGCGUGAGCGUGAGCGUGAACGUGGUGAUCGUGACCGCGAGCGUGAUCGUGGUGAUAAAAGCAAGCCUAACCGCCCCAGUCGACGGAUGGAUAUCAUUGAUCAGCUUGAUGCCACAAGCAUCUACGGGACUGGACUGUUUCAUCACGAUGGGCCUUUUGACGCUCUCAACCCUCACCGCAACCGGCAGAAUGCUAGACGGGCGCCGAUGCAAGCUUUCCCCAAGGACUCCCUCAACAACUCCCUGGGCGGCGCGGGACCGCUUAACGCCCAGGCCGAUCACUCGACUUUUAUGGGCAAUGCCACAGACGAGGCUUUCCGGGAUUUUGCUGCCGGAAGCAAAGGUAUGCGAUAUGGAGGCUCAUCCCGCAAGGAGACGCCCAUUUUCGACGCCACCGGUCGGGAAGUGAUUCACGGCGACGAGUCCCACGGUCUAGGAACAUCGACGUUCCUGGAGGGUACGCCUGCGUCGCGAACCGCCAUCCAGCGAUCCCAGGCAGAGCAGGCACAAGAGUCAUUUGAAGGAGGACUUCAACGAAAAAAGUCUCUUGCGCAACGCAUCCGCCACAUCAACAAGGGCCCCCGCGGCUAUGACCAAACCCGAAUCCCCGGCGAAUACAACAGGAUCACUCCUGAUAACUACCCCUCAGCAGCGAGCAAUGGCUCAGACAACAACCCAUUCUUUGCAGAGUUUGGCAAGGGAGAGGAAGGGUUUUCAGUGCGACCCCGAGAUGGUCGCAUGUCGCCCAACAGCCCUCCUGCGCCUCGGCGCCCGUCUGCCGGAGCAGUCUUGGAGCGACGAGCGACAGCAGACGGUGCUACGACACUUGAUGACGGUGCUGCCAAGCCUUCAGGUUUCAUGGGCCGAAUGAAGAGCUUGAAGGGCCGAAGACCUCGGCCGGAAAUCCCUGCCAACGGCACUGCGCCCGGGACGGCCGUUUAGUGGAGGACAAGUGCCGGGCGACUACUGGACGUUGGCCGAGGGCCGACGCGGUGGCAGUCGAAACAUGGCAACCGGUCAGCGAAUGAGAAGGGAUGGGCUGCUUCUUUACCGAUACGAGACCAGGAAAACACAGCGCCAAAGAAAGAGGAUAUGGAUAAAGAAGCAGAGUACACGGAAGUGCAGGAUUCGGAAUCUUUCCUUUGUCAAGGGUUGGAGGCGCCACGCAAGAGCCUUGGUGAUGGACGUCCUUCUUUGGAGAAGCGAUAUGAGAACGCAACGAGAUGAGAUGUAUCCACCGGACAGGUUUUCUUUUUUGUCAUUUCUUGUUGGUUUUUGGGACGGCAGGCAGCAUGGAUGACAUGAAGCAGGCGCAAAGACAGGGCCUGCUUCUCGUUUUUUGGAGAACAAGUUGAGAGAGGCAGAGACUCUUUGAAGAAAUGCAGAUGCUAGUAAGGGCAUGGAACUGCAGAGUUGACUGGAGGUUGUGGUCUAAACCUUUUGUAUGUUUUAUAACAGGACUUGAUGUCUGACUGCAGCAGCAGCAUCAAUACAAUCCAUAUCAAUCUGCU